AGAGGAGGAAGAGGAGGGGGCGCCACCCGGAGGACCCAGAGCGUCUCUCCCCUGGAUGGAACCGAACUGCCUCCAGUCGACCAUGGCGCUAGGGCUGUCUUCGAAGAAAGCCUCUUCCAGGAACAUCGCCGUGGAGAGGAAAAACCUGAUCACCGUCUGCAGAUUCUCAGUGAAAACAUUGCUGGAGAAAUAUACCAUCGAACCCAUUGAUGACUCAUCAGAGGAGUUUGUGAACUUCGCUGCUAUUCUAGAACACAUCCUCAGCCAUCGCUUCAAGGGGGAUCAUGGUCCUGUCAGCUGGUUCAGCUCCGAUGGGCAACGUGGCUUCUGGGAUUACAUCCGACUGGCCUGUAGCAAAGUCCCGAAUAACUGCGUCAGUAGCAUUGAGAAUAUGGAGAACAUCAGCACCUCCAGAGCCAAGGGCCGGGCAUGGAUCCGAGUGGCACUGAUGGAGAAGCGCAUGUCCGAGUACAUCACCACAGCCCUGCGGGACACCAGAACCACCAGGAGAUUUUAUGAUGACGGGGCAAUCAUGCUGAGAGAGGAAUCAACCGUUCUCACAGGGAUGCUGAUAGGGCUCAGUGCCAUAGACUUCAGUUUCUGCCUGAAAGGGGAAAUCAUGGAUGGCAAGACACCUGUGGUUAUUGACUACACUCCAUACCUGAAGUUUACCCAGAGCUAUGAUUACCUAAGUGACGAGGAAGACCGGCACAGCUUGGAGAGCAGUACAAGUGAAGACAGUUCCCCUGACCACCCCUACUUACCGCUAGUGACGGCCGAAGACAGCUGGUACAACAAAUGGCGGAAGAUGGAGCAGAAGUUCCGCAUUGUCUAUGCACAAAAGGGCUAUCUGGAGGAGCUGGUUCGGCUGAGAGAGUCACAGCUGAAGGACCUAGAGGCAGAGAACAAACGCCUGCAAUUGAGGCUGGAGGAGGUGAAGGUGCAGAACCAGUUAGAGAAACGGGAGCUGGAGGGUGUAAUCUUGGAGCUGCAGGAACAGCUACUUCCCUCCUCCCACUCUACCCCCAGGACGGGCCUGAUCCCAUCGGAUAACAGCCAGUUCACCCAACUGUCCAAGGAAAUGGCGGCACCCUUGGUGAAUCAGUGGCCCUCUUUGGGGACUCUGAAUGGCAACGAGAGUCGCUCCGAAGCCAAAAUGUACAGAAGGCACAGCUUCAUGAGCACAGACCAGCUGUCAGCAGAGAUCAGCCUGAGCUCGGAUUCCCAAAGGAUGGGUGAAGGGAAGCAUGAAGGAGAACCUUGGGGGCCACUGGGAAAGGACCCGACCCCGUCAAUGCUGGGCCUCUGUGGCUCUCUGGCCUCCCUGCCUAGUUCCAAGUCCUUAGCCAGCCUAAAAUCCAACGAGUGCCUGGUGAGCGACAGCAUUGAACCCAGCCCUGCCCACAGCCCCAGCUGAGACAGCAAGAUGGCUAACCCUACCAACCACAAUAGAUGCCUGUGGCGGGGAACAAGAAUUGAGUCCCUUUGACUUGGCUAUACCUUUACUGAGCCUGAUGUUACAGUAGGGUAAUGAGCCCACAUCCUCAACUGGACACUUCUUUAAACACAAGACUUUCCCCCUUAAGCUGGAAGCAGGGAAGCGUUUAGAAUCUUUUUCCCUGCCUGGGAUUUAAAAUGGGGAAGAAAAGGCUGCACGCUUGUUGGAAGCAGGAAGGAUUGCCUGCCCAAGGCACUUUUGUAAAAUGAUGCUGUGUAUAUUAUGUGUAAUAUAGAUAUAUAUUAUAUAUGAUUGAGAUUGCUGGAA